UAACUGUCUUUUUAUUGCGUGUUUUAAGGAAGCACGUUUCAAAAUAUUUUGAUUUUUGGCUAUUUAUCCUAAAUAAUGGCCAAAUCCCUCAGAAGCAGAUGGAAGCGGAAAUGCCGAGCGGUCAAACGUGAACGAUACGCCGUCAAAGAACUGGCAAGAUUAAAGAAAAUGCUAGGAAUAAAAGAAGAGGACAAGGUUACUGAGACUGAGGUUAUGGAAUCCGAUCAAGUAAUAUUUUUGGACGCUGGACAAAUAAAUAAGGAUAAGAAAAAUAAGAAGGCAAAAAAGGUCAGCGAAGAUGACGAUGAAGAUGUCGAAAUGAGUUCGGAUGAUGAAAAAAUCGAAAUCGACGGUGAUAAUGGCAAAAAAAGGAUAUUCAGUACUAAAACCUUGAAAGACCAGAAUGGUCAGUACCCAGUGUGGCUCCACAAGAGAAAAAUAUCCAAAAUGAACAAGGGGACACAGAAGAAAAUAAAAAAGAAAUCAAAAAAGCGCAGGGUGUAAAGAUAUGUAAUAAAUUGGUUAUGUGCAAAAGUGACUGAUUUCAUUUCAAUUGUGUAACAUUUCUGCAAUUACUGAAACUGCCGUUGAAAGGUGCAUUGAAUUUAUCAAUCUUGUAUCAAGGUAAAGACCUAUCUUAAUUUUCUUUAAAAAUAAAGCUUCACAAAUGUGAAUACUUCCAAAUAAAUAAAAAUACAG